GGAUCCCGGCGGCGGAAUUACGCCCCCACUGUCCGGCGGAAUUACGAAGGUAGGGGUUCAAAUUCCCGAAGGAAUUUAUACGAUGGGGAUCGACGGUGGAACUACUACUCCCCAAGAAGGAAUCCCUAUUUCUCUUCUUUCCACGGCGGCAAAUAUAAACCAUGGUCAAAAAGAUGGGCAGCGACUAGCCCAAGGAGAUUCAGGAACUGCGAAAAGUGGGAUUCAAAUCGAAUGGAAGCCUCAAACCUGCGAUACUACGGACCAAAUCUUGAUGGGCAAGGUAGGGUCUCAGCUCUCAUAGAAAGUAAGGCUUUCAAUUUCAGUUCUUCCGCAGGGCUUCUCCAAAUUUCAGAAUAAAAAAGAGGUAUAUCUCAGACCAUCUCUGUCUCUAAAUCUGCUGGUAAAUGGUUAAUUGAUAAUCUUGGAAGCCACAGACAAGGCUGGUCAUUAACCUGGUAUGAGGGAGAUUCCUCUUUAAAUGUUCUUUGGGACUCCAACACUUUUGGCGAGUUUAUACGGUUAUCACAGUCUAAAGAGGGUUCUCACUCUCAGAUUUUCAUACCAGCGGGUUUGGGGAACAAAGGCAUUCAUCUGUUUCAUAAAGCCCUUAAAUUCUUUGAAAGUUUCCUCAAUGAUAAGGAACUGGACGAGGUAUUAUCUGGCAGGAUUGAGCAAGAGGAAAUUCAGAGGGAACAAGAUAGGCGGGAAGAACAACUCAUAGAUAGGUUCGGGGAGGAAAAGAUAGCGAAAACUGUCUCAAUCUCCUCAGGGCUUCUGGGGAUAGAUAUAGCAAGGGCUGCCAUGACUAACUCUCAAAAUUCUCCUAAGGAAGGGGAUGCCGAAGAAGAAGAAUUACCCAGGGAGGCCAUUAAGGUGGACAAGCUAUUCGCCCCAAUCUUUCAGAGCUACUUUGAGGCGGUUUUUAGAGAAACAGAAGAAUAUAUUCGCGAAAAGCUUGCGCAAAAAGGUCUUUUGGAGCUACUACAGAAGGGUCUCCUUCAGGAUGAAACAGGGACAGCGUAUAUGAUUACAAGAGAGAUAGUGAAGAGUAUGGAAAAUGUGGAUUUAGUUCACAUCAAGGGCACAAAAUAUCCAAUCUUUUUGGCCUAUGUAAACUAUGAUGCUGAUACUGUUAUGGCACAUAACAGAGGUGACUCACAAUAACUUUGGUUUAGUUUCUCUAAUAAGGGGAGUUGCUGUCUCUGAUAUUAAGGCUGAAGAGUCACAAACUAAAAUUGGUUAACUCCUUUCAUUGCAUUCAAGAAAAAAGAAGUUGGUAUUUGAAUUAGUUUUGUUUUAUGUUUGUUGUCUUAAUAGCUCAAGGGCCAAUUGAAGAUGGGUUACUCUUGCACCAUUCCAGGGGUUUGGAAAAAUGGUUUUUCAGGGUUUUAAAUUGAAGAUUAGGCCUUCUAUUUAGAGUGUGCCUAAGGGUUCUGGUCUAGAGACUGAGCUUCAGGGUUGGAGCAGCAUAGUUUAUCAUUUGUACUAGCAGGGUCCUACUUAGACAGCUUUGUUUUCAAACUUUUGUACUCUUAUCCUUGAUAGGCUGGAAAGGAUGGAGAAUGGACAGUAAAUUUGGUUGUGAUCUUUGGGUAAAAGAACUACAGGAGGUUCAAUAUAUGCAGUUGGGUCGAUGAAAUGGAUACAGCUGGAUGGGUUUCUGCCUAGGACGAUUUUAAAUCCAGCUCCUCUCUUUUAUUUUAAGCUUUUUGUCAGCUUCUCCUUUUAUGUUUAGUUACUUGGCAGCUUUUUCUUGUUCUCCUUUUCUUGGUUUGGAUCUCCUUUUGGCCUAUUGUGGG